AUGGCCUCGCUCUCGCAGCGGAAACCUGACGCUUCCUCGUCCUCUGAGCCUGCCAUGGUCGCUCACUCGCAGGUGGCGCCGAUGCCUGCGGCGACAGCAACAGAUGCCGCGACAGCGAGGUCAGCCGUCAAUUAUCACCCUGCCGUCCAGACGAGAUCGACCAGCAGACCGGUCAGCAUCGCCCGUAAGCCCUCUGUGGGCGCCAGCUCGGGCCGCGAUGACCUUGCAUCGGGUGGCCUAGCGCGGCGGCCCGCGCUCGACGCCUCUCCCGACCGCCUCCGCCGCCCGAGCGCCCUACUGAGCACGGGAGCCAGCCUCCCCCUCCUGAGGAUGGACGACGCCGCGCUCGUCCACCACAGGAGCGACUCGGGCAGGUCGACGGGCUCGUCCAGGUCCAAUACUACUGGCGAGAGCCUCUUCCUCUCGAAUGCCAGUCGAUCCUACCGCAGCGGCAAGAGCGGGGCACGGCCGAGUUCGUCGCAGGGCUGCAGCCAGGCCUCGCAUUCCGGCAGCCUGGCCCGUCGCACCAGCAUCACCAUCGAAUCGAGCAGCCUCUCCCAAGGCCACCUGGCGAGGCGCGAGAGCUGGGCGAGCACCACGCCGACCAGCCCAGAGGACGAAGAGGGGCCUCACUACGGCGGAAGCGACAGCGCGGACCGCGAGGAAGCCCACGCAGAAGCCAAGAGAGCCUUGGCCCGCCUAUCGGACGGCUUCGGAACAUUCUGGGACUCGUCGGACUAUUCCUACGGGGACCGACGUGGCUCGGGUCGCAGCAACACCGAUGUCUCGCUCCCGCCGCUGAUCCUGGCCGGCGCUCCAAUCCCGCCGUCGCGGUCCGAGUCGCUCGAUCCGCUGGCGGUGCCGCUCGAGCAGGAUGCCGGCUCGUCGCUGCUGACGAUCCUUGAUGCGUACGCGCACUCGUGGUCGACGGGAACGUCGCCGCACGGGCACAGCUCAUCGGCUUUGAGCGAUGCGGCGAUCGGCAGCGGCGACGGCGGCGCCCCUUCCUCCGAAGUGCAGGCCGAGCUCUUGACGCACUCGGCUUCCGACCGAGCCGGUUGGACUGCGGAGGGCACUGCGCCGAUAUCGUCCCCUGAAAGCCGGCGGCAGUCUGCCCAGGGGCUCCCGCCCUCUGCCUCGGCGCCACUCUCGACACUACGGCCAGCCCUGCUUGCGCCAGACCGACAGUCGACCGCCACACUGCACGACCCUUCGAUCGAGGCGAGGUCCGAGCGAGGCAACGCCUCGACCUCGAGCCUUUCGGGACCCUCGGCACCGGCGUCGCCCAAGGCGCAGCACUCCUUCAACGUCCCGCCGGCUUCUAAAGCCGGCACGUCGCAGACUUCCAAGUCGCUCCGCUCGGCCUUCUCGCGCUCGGCCAGGUCGUUCCGCAACUCCCUGAUGUGGACCGCUCAGCCGGAUCAGGGGCUCGGCGUCUACACGGCGUUUGGCGCAUCGUCGCACAGCCUGAGUCCCUCGACCAUCUCGAGCCUGGCACCUUCGCCGCAGCUGGGACCCGGCCACCUGCCGACGCCCUCGACCAAGUCGCUCACGCCCUGCUCGCCGACGCGCUCCGACUUCAGCUUGUCUGUGCGCUCCUCGCGAGAGGACUCGAUCUCCGAGGCGAUGUCGAUGCAGCGGGAUCAGAAGCACGCUUCGGGCCACAGCCCGUCCUACAGCACCCACACCCACGUUCCCGCCAUGACGGGGGCCGAUGCACGAGCAGAAGCACUGGACCUUGGGCGCAGCGCCAGCGGUGUCAAUCUGGCCGAGGCUGCGACGUCCACCGAGGAUCAGGGCAUCCGACACGUGCGCUCAAAGUCUCGCUUCUCGUCGCGGUUCUCGUUCCACGAUCAGCCCUGGACACGGACGCUCAACCAGAUGACAGGCAAGAAGGCCCCAGAUGCAGCCAAGCCGGCUCGCAAGGCGGGGACGGUGAGGGCGCCCAAGGCGAGGGACGAGACGCUCGGGGCCGAACGAGGACCGGAAGCCCCGGGCAUGCAGCGAGGUAGAAGUCAGAGCGUCGGACAGCUGCAGCAGAUGUUCACCGCGCGCACUGCCGAAACCAAACCCAGCGACUCGCCGCCUGCUCCGGACGGGCAGCCCCGGGGGCUAGGAGAUGCCGGCCUGGCGCUCACCGUGCCUGCAAGUCCGGUGCUUUUCGGCCAGCCGCCGUCUCCGGAUCCGCAGAUCUCCCCAUCAUUCGCCGCCACGUUCUCCUUCCUCAACAGCGCCCUGUGGCAGGACAGCGACGACGUCUUCGUCGUCGCGCGAGAGGCCGAGACGACCGCUCCGGGCUCGGGGCACGCACGCGCGGCCAAGUCGGAUCUUGGUCACACGACGCAGUCGCACACCAUGCAUGGGCGACGGGACGGGCCUUCGGGACGUCAGGCGGACCGGGUCGGGCCUCGCGUGGAAGCCUCCCCGACCCCGGCACCCUCUGCGUCAGGGCUCACGGCUUCUUCAACCGUCCGGACAGAUGCAUCGUCGUCGCCGUCUGCCUCUCGCAACGGCCUGGAGCUGUCUUCCUGGGCGCCUGACGUCUCGCCGUCGGGACCUCAUAGGAAGACGCACCGGAAACAAAAGUCGCUCGACCCCGCGGCCCUGAUUACGAUGGCGGCCAAGGAGGCGGCGGCAGAGAUCGACGCCCGCAGCAGAGCGGGCGGCGACCUUGGACGGCCGAUUGCGGCGCAGCGUUCGUCUUCGCUCUACGGCGGCAUGACCGCCUCGACUACGAUGGCCUCGUACGAGACGGCAGCGUCCUCGUCGGCGCUCCUUUCCCCCGAAGAUGAGCGUGCAACCUUCUUCGACGCACUGACGUCGCCCGCAGCGGAAACGCCGCCCCCAUCCAGCAACUUGUUGGCUGGCUUCGAGGCGACCGGAGCUAGCCCCGUGGACGCGCCCGUAGAGGGCGCCCGGGAUUCUGCGAUAUCGGCGGCAGCCGCAGACGGGGACCCGGCUGCCGACACCCGCCGAAGGCAUCGAUCCCUGAGCCGCACGCUCUCUGUGGUCCUGGAGCCGCUGAUCGUCAAGUCACGACCGCCUUCGGUCAAGUCCCGGCCCCCGUCGAUCAAAGGGCCGAGCAGCCCGAUGCGGGGCGGCUUCGAGCUCGUCGAGCCUCCUCAGAUGCCCGCGCGCCCAGAGACAUCGCUGGGCUUCUCGCUCCGCAAGGCGCUGCGCCGAGAGAGGACCGCUUCGGGAAACGAGGCGGUCGCCGCAGUGGGGCGCAAGGCAAAGGCUGCGCCAACGGCCGUUCGGUCUGCUGGCGCGCCCAAGAGCGACGCGCCGAAGAGCAGCGUCCCGGCCACUGGCAGGGAAGAGCAACCUCUGACAACGAAGGCGUCCGGGAUCCCCACGCUUCCUCGAAUUCCGUCUGCAAGAGAGGUGCCUCGGGCGGCGUCGGCGGCGACCCGCACGCCCGAGAAGAGGCAGCAUUUGCUGCCGCACCCCGCGGCAGAGGACAGGACGCCAUCGACGCCCGACAAGCUGCGCGCGGCAUCGGAGUUUGGCUCUCCAUUGAGCGCAAGGUCGCGCUCGCCUGGCAAGGCACUCUCCCCGCCCUCAAGCUACCGUGCUCCUCUCCCGCGUCCGAAGACGGCGUCCAACUUCGCUCGGCCAGCUCCCACGCUGGACCGGGCCGGGACACUGCCGCUGCGCUCGGGCCGCAAGCCGGCAGCGAGCACGGCCACCCCGGCCUUCUCGUCGUCCUCAUCGUCGACUUCGCCACCGACCAUGGACCGCUAUGCCGCGCCAGACGAGCCCAGCCCAAGGAUGCAGAGCCGCAUCGCAGCCUCGAAAGCGAUCAGAUCCACGACCAACUCGAGCCGCUCCGUAUCGGACAAAUCCCUGUCGAGCGGACACUCUCUCAACUCGUCGUCCUCGGCCAGCACCAUCACCUCGAGGAGCAGCGAGGUCAAGAGGAGGACUGGAGACACUCGAAGGAGCAGCAUGCACCAGACAGACGCUGCCGAGCGGAGCGCACCGGGGCCGCGCGCGCCGGCGAGGAGGGAACGGACCAAGAGCAAGCCGAACUUGCCCUCGAUCAAAACGAAGCUCGAUGGCGCGUCAGUGCCGGCACCUCUGCGAUCCGCCAGCUCCCUCGACGUUCGGAACGGCGGCGCGGGCCGACGCAAGAUGAGCCAGCCUUCGCUCGACAUCGCCGAUGACAAGGAGUUCCUCGAGGCGCUCGAGCAAGUUCGCGCCGUCAAUCGCCAGCGCAUCGCAGCGGAGGCGGCCGAGGCAGAGAAGGAGGCGCGGCUGGCGAGGCUGGGCAUGGCGUCCGGCGUUCACCCGAGGACCCGGACCGAGCACGCUGGGCCGUCGAUCGAGGAUGACGCCCGGGGACGUGCUCUGCACCGGCCCGCCAGUAGCCUCUCGAUGGCCUCGCGCCGGUCCGCCAGUGCCGACGCGCGCUUGGCUCCAGGCGAAGGCGAGAGGGAAGUCCGCGCAGACCGCAGAUCCGUCGACGAGGUGCAAAAGGCCAUCGUCCGAGCCAACGCGGAUCGCAAGCCGGUCCUCACGACGGCCGUCUCGGGGCUCGAGUGGGGCGUGGGCAAGGCGUCGGGCAAGCUCCGCGACGGCGCCUUUGUCAACGACGACGACUGGAAGAAGGAGGUCAAGGCGCUGUUCCUGAUCCGAGAGCUGGUCCAGACCGAGAGGAGCUACGCACGUCACCUGGCCAGCCUGCUGACGGCCGUACGCAAGCUCAGCACCACUGCGGCGGCCUCGGCGGCCUCGACGAAGCGCAAGACGAGCGGCAACCUCUUUGCCACCUACUCGCCCAGCUCAGGCUCCAAGUACCUGCCGGGCACGCUUCCCCAGCACCUGGCGACGCUGCGCACGUUUCUCCCGCAGCUGAUCGCCCUCAGCCGAGGUCUGAUCCAGCGCGUCGAGGCCAACCCGACCAGCGCUGGCGUCGGUGCCGCCUUCGAGGUCCUCGGCGCCCAGCUGCAGGCGACGUUUGUCAACUGGAGCACCAUUGUGCCCAGUCUCAUGGACGCUGUGCGCGCCGCCGAGGCGCCCAAGGCCAAGCUGGCGUUUAAGCUUGGCCUGAUCCCUCUGCUGCCGCCUGAUCAGACCGAGGUCGGCGAGUCUACGGUGCCGGGUGCCAACAACUCGCCAACGUCGCCGACCAACCCCAGGGCGGUCGAGGCGCGCGGGGCGCUCGAGAGGACUCGGACCGGGCCAUCGUCCACCACUUACGGCGAGCCGGGAUCGUCGAUGCCUCCGCCGCCCCUCCCGACCCGGAGCGAGCGCAGGGAAUCGGAUGGCAAGACCAUGCCGAUGCUGGGCAGCCGCGCCGGCAAGAGGCGCAGCACGAUCACGAGCGCCUUUGUCGAUCCCCCGUCAAGCUCGGCGCUGCUCGGCUCGAAGCGGGCAGGCUCGAGCACGCGGCCGACGAGUCCGACUGGCGAACACGCCUCGCGCCUGCCCAGUCGCCCGAGCUCGCCGUGGGGCCAGCUCGCGAGCCUCACGAUGCCGCGCAACACCGCUGGACUCGGCCGAUCUGCUGCUGCCGAUUCGCCCCAGACUCCUCACGCCACGCCCAUCGCCACCCGGGCGGCGGGCGACCUGCACCUUGCCUCGUCGACGCUGUCGUCGACGUCGCAUGCCUCGGCAUCGGCGGCCAGCCUGGCCGCCGUCAAGAGCCUCAGCCCGAUGGACAUUGUCAUUAUGCCGACGCAGCGCCUGCCGCGCUACGGGCUGAUGCUUCGCGACCUCCUCUCCAACACGCCCCCGCAGUCGCUCUCGCACGCGCGCGUCCAGCGUGCGCUCGGCUCCAUCCAGCGGGUCGCUUUGCUCUGCGACGCAGCGUCCAACACGGCAAAGACAGGCCACGAUGCAGGAGUGGGCGGCGGCGGCGGUCGAAGGUCUGUUGCGCCUCCGCCGUCGAGCGUGGGCUCAUCAAAGACGUCGAAGUCUUCGCAGACUUCUACUACGACGGCGUCGUCGUCGUCGCUGUCGUCGUCAUCCUCGUCGGCAGCGCUGGCGGCGGCCAAGGGCAGCGCUGCAGCGAGGAGAUGA